AUGCGGGAGAAGAACCCUUCCGUAGUAAGGGUCACAGAUCAGCUGGAAACCCCCUCGUUAGACGACCGAUCCUACCGUGUGAUACGCCUGUCCAACCAGCUGGAGGUUCUGCUCGUACACGAUGCCGAGACUGACAAGGCCAGCGCCGCCAUGGAUGUCAAUGUCGGUAACUUCAGCGAUGAGGACGACAUGCCUGGCAUGGCUCACGCCGUAGAGCACCUCUUGUUCAUGGGCACCAAGAAAUAUCCCAUCGAGAACGCUUACAACCAGUAUCUCUCUGCACACUCGGGAUACUCCAACGCAUACACGGGUGCCACCUCGACCAAUUACUUCUUCGAACUCGGCGCAAAGUCCACCGACGAUGGAGAGCUCACAGAGGCCAACUCGCCAUUUUAUGGUGCCCUUGAUCGAUUUGCCCAGUUUUUUAUCGAGCCAUUGUUCCUCGAUUCGACCCUGGAUCGUGAGUUGAAGGCCGUGGAUUCGGAAAACAAGAAGAACCUACAGAGUGACCAGUGGCGGCUGCAUCAAUUGUCCAAGUCGUUGUCCAACCCAAACCAUCCGUACUGCCACUUCUCGACCGGAAACUACGAAGUCCUGAAGACAGAGCCCGAGGCUCGGGGAAUCGAUGUCCGCGCAAAAUUCAUUGAGUUCCAUGGGAAGCAUUACUCGGCAAACAGGAUGAAGCUCGUUGUCCUUGGCCGCGAACCGCUGGAUCUGCUUGAGAAGUGGGUAGUGGAGUUCUUCUCAGGGGUGCAUAACAAGGACCUUUCUCAAAAUCGGUGGGAGACAGAACCGCCAUUCCCGAAGAACCUCUUAAGUAUGCAAGUUUUUGCCAAGCCUGUUAUGGACUCUAGAGAACUCAACCUGUUCUUCCCUUUCCUCGAUGAAGAGCAUCUUUACGAAUCGCAACCCAGUCGGUAUAUCAGCCAUCUGAUUGGACAUGAAGGGCCGGGCAGCAUCAUGUCCUAUAUCAAGUCCAAGGGUUGGGCGAACUCGUUGAGCGCUGGAGCGUAUCCGAUUUGUCCGGGAACCGGCGGUAUCUUUGACUGUCAGGUUCGUCUGACAAAGGAGGGUCUCAAGAAUUACAAGCAAAUCGUAAAGGUCUUCUUCGAGUACGUCUCGCUUCUCAAGGAAACACCGCCUCAGGAGUGGAUCUUCGAAGAACAGAAAGGUAUGGCUGAUGUAGACUUCAAAUUCAAGCAGAAGACCCCUGCGAGUCGCUUCACCAGUAAGAUCAGUUCCGUCAUGCAGAAGCCUUUGCCAAGAGAAUGGCUUUUGAGCGGACAGAGUCGCCUCCGAAAAUUCGAGCCGAGCCUUAUUACCAAAGGGCUGGAAUGUCUGCGACCUGACAAUUUCCGCAUGUCAAUCGUUUCACAAGACUUCCCUGGCGGCUGGGAUCAGAAAGAAAAAUGGUAUGGUACCGAAUACAAGGCCGAGAAGAUACCAGAGGAAUUCUUAGCCGAGAUUUCGAAAGCCGCCAAUGGGUCUACAGAGCGCUUGUCUGAGCUACACCUCCCACAUAAGAACCAGUUUAUCCCGACCAAGCUCGAGGUCGAGAAGAAGGAUGUGAAGGAGCCAGCCGUGGCACCUCGACUGUUGCGAAAUGACGAUUUUGCGCGGACGUGGUACAAGAAGGACGAUACUUUCUGGGUUCCCAAGGCAAACCUCAUCGUCAGCCUCAAGAACCCCAUCAUCUACGCUUCGGCUGAGAAUUCUGUCAAAGCAAAACUUUUCACGGAUCUUGUGCGGGAUGCGCUAGAGGAAUACUCCUACGACGCCGAGCUUGCUGGGUUGCAGUACAACGUCACUCUCGAUUCUCGUGGGCUUUUUGUUGAGGUCGCAGGUUAUAACGACAAGUUACCUGUGCUUCUUGAACAAGUCCUCCUCACGAUGAGAGACCUUGACAUCAAGGCCGAACGCUUUGAUAUUGUCAAGGAGCGCCUUACUCGCGGAUACCGCAACUGGGAGCUACAACAGCCUUUCUCCCAGGUCGGAGACUACGUUUCUUGGCUCACUUCGGAGCAUGAUUAUGUUGUAGAUCAACUCGAAGCAGAGCUACCUGGCAUCGAUGUGGACGGUGCCAGGCAUUUUCAUAAGCAGUUGAUGUCUCAAUUGCAUGUUGAGGCAUACGCGCAUGGCAACUUGUACAAAGAAGACGCGCUGAAGCUUACCUCCAUGGUUGAGAAGAUUCUUAGCCCACGGAUCCUUCCCAAGGACCAGCUUCCCAUUCUCCGUUCUAUGAUAUUCCCCCCGGGAUCCAACUUCUUGUACACGAAGACACUACGGGAUCCCGCCAAUGUCAACCACUGUCUCGAGUAUUACCUACACGUUGGAGACAAAGGAGACCGCAAGAUUCGAGCAAAGACACAACUUCUAGACCAAAUCCUCCACGAGCCAGCCUUUGACCAGCUUCGCACAAAGGAGCAGCUCGGAUACAUUGUGUUCAGCGGUCUGCGCAGCUGUUCGACAACAUAUGGCUUCCGCUUCAUUAUCCAGAGCGAGAGGACAUCUGAAUAUUUGGAGUCUCGCAUUGACUCGUUUUUGACGCAGCAGCUCAAAUCACUCCAGGAGAUUAAAGAUGCCGAAUUCGAGAGCCACAAGCGCAGCGUCAUCAUCAAAAGACUUGAGAAGCUCAAGAACCUGGACCAGGAGUCUGGCAGGCACUGGGCUCAGAUCACCGGCGAGUACUACGACUUUGAAGCUUCCCAAGAAGACGCGGCUGCUGUGAAGAUGCUCACCAAAGCCGAAAUGAUUGAGUUUUAUACUACUCACAUUGUGCCAACAUCAACUGUUCGGGCCAAGCUUGCGGUACAUCUAAUUGCGCAGGGUGUCAGCGACAAGACCAAGGAAGCUCCUGCAGCAAGUGAGAUGGAGAAGGUGCCGGGCAAUGGCGUUGAACCAUACGUGAUUGAAAACGUAAGAGACUACAAGUCUCAACUAGUGGCGAGCGCAGGUGCUCGCCCUUUCAAACAACUAGGUGACUUUGAAGACUUAGAGUCAAAGCUAUAA